AUGAAGCUUGAGAAGCAGGGGGGCCUUGCUAGCGCAGCCAGCUUGGAAGAAGUCAAGGCUAUUGUUGACGCGCAUCAGCCAAAAUACGACCACCUUUGGGCGAGGUUCAAAGAGUGGGUGGCAAAGCACAAGCCGCAGGAAGACCAGGUCGCAGUCUCGAGAUUGAAGGUGAAGAGCAUUGCGCAGGUGGCAUCGUGUCAGCCUGCAAUUGUGGAGCAGGCAAUGAACGACCUUGAGACCAUGAUGUGCAAUCUGGGUUUGGCAGUGGACGGUGUCCUGACACAAAAAGGAUCUGCCCGUUUAAUUGUCUGCGAUGAGAAGGGAAUUAGCUCCAGGUCUGACAACAUUUCUCGUGGCAUCACAACGCGGGCUGGACGUGGAACCGCUUCCACAACGGCAGCGACGACAUCCUUCGAACACAUCACUAUAACUUCUUUCAUGCCGGUGACCGGGGAUCCCUUGCCUGUGGGGGUUAUUCUUUCGCGCAAGAGCUUGAAUGAUUCUAUGCCUGACUUAUGGCCUGAAGCAAAGUUCUGGUGCAGUGACAGCGGUUCUCAGACACCUGAAACAUUCCCUGCCAUGUUGGAAGCUUGCUGCUUGAGACCCUUGAGGGAGAGGUUCCCGGAUCGCAAUGACAAGAUACUUCUGGUCAUGGAUGGAGGAGGGGGCUCGUGGCUGCACAUCUCGGUGCCUAUGGUCUUACUUCUUGAGAGGUAUGGUGUGGAAUGUUUCAUUCUUCCGUCGCAUACCACGGCGGCGCUGUGCGCCCUGGACCAGCAGCCGCACCAACUGAUGAGCUUGAGAUGGGGCACUUUCAAAGCUCAGUGGUCAAGAAGUGGAAACGAUUUAAAUAUUUUUCAGGCAAUAGCAGCCCUGAGGCGCAUCGUGGCAGAAGCUUUGUCGCCUCAGAACGCCUUAGCGGGUUGGGCCCGCGUUGGUGUUCAGCCAAAUGAGCUGAUGCAAAAGCACGUGGUCCUUGAGGAAAGAUUUUCUGAACUCUUUACUUCCAAAAAGUCUGGAGGAGGUUCCCUUCCUGCACCACAAACCUCCACGGCUGAUGCCUUGUCCCUUGUCAGUCAGAUCUCUCCAAAGAAGAAGAAAUGCGGACAAAAUUCCUGCAAAAGCAUGGUUGCAGUGACAAUGAGAUUCUGCCCGGAGUGUGCCUCACCCAAUGCUCAUUUUGACCAGGCAGAAGCAGACAUGUUUAGAAGCGGCCGCAGAAAGGGCUGGCACAAGCCGCCACAACCAGAAGUUCCGCAGCUACCAGAAACACCCGCAGAAAGAAGGCUCGCUCAAGGAGUUGGCGAUUUGCUGGGCCGGCUCCGUCGAGGUGGUGCAGCUCAAAGCGAAGAUGCAAGUGCCAAACCUUCGCAGACUGGUGACGGUGUUGCAGAGAUCCAAGAACCACCUUGCAAGCAGCAAAAAACAGAACAUAAAGCGGCAUCUUUUUCGAAGCCUUCUACUGUGGAGCUGGGGCCGGAGCCUUUGGAGGAGGAUGAAGAUGCAUCAGACCCAGAGUGGAAUCUCAAUAGCCCAGAUGAUUGCUGCUCCUUUAUUGAGCAUUACUUUCCUGCAAAGGAGGCAGAGGCCUUGGGCGUUUCAAUCGACAUGUUCUCCAAAGUUGCCAAAUUUUAUGUGAAUUUCUUGCGAACCUAG